GUUACUUGACGCUGGGUGUCUUCUCCUGGUGGAGCUUCAGUAUUUACAACAAUAUUGUCUGUAGCCUAUCCGACGCUGCUGUCCAUCACAGAUAGACAGGGAGCCAAACCGUCGCUGGAACAGCUUUCUGAUUUUUCUCUGCUAUAUGAUGGCUGUCGGCUCCAGUUAGGACUUCUUUUGCGCAUUUUGGAGAUAUUUCCUAUAAUGUUGGCGAGUGAUAUCCGUCUACCUUGUGCACUGCAGUGGUGCGCAGCUUCGCCUGGAGAAACACCUGUGCGCCUCUCCUCUUCCUCUCCACUGGCCACAGUCAGGAAUGUUGAGUAGAGAACACAUUACCCUAAGGCUCGGUGUCUGUCUGCGUUUGUCUGAAAGAACGAGAGAGAGAGCAGCAUUAAUACGGCACAGCCAGACAUCAUGCAAGGAGAAACCUUCCCUCGUUGUAGAGUGCUGAAAUGUUAGGAUCAACGAGCGUGUGUGUCGGAUCAAAUCAGACUGUUUACCAUAGGGGGGGUGAUAAGAGCUGCUUGACAUUAGACUCACUCACGCCCUGUGUGUGGUUCAAGGCCCCUUUAAAUCACGAUCAAGAAAAGACGUGUUAACUGAUCUCUCAUCAGCACCCCACAUCAGAUUCAGCAAUCCAGAAACGAGCCAAGAUGGAGUGGUCACUGGACAAUGUGAGGGAGAUGGUGGCUGGAGGGAUGCAGUCUAUAAGGGAGUGUGAGAUCUGUGCUUUUGCCAUAGCCAUGUGUGUGCUGCUGCUGUUUAUGUGGUAUUGUUACAGGGUGGGCCGGGAGCAUGGCUCCAGCCCUCUGCGUGGGAGGUAUCUGGCUGGGCCCAGCCGAAUUGGAGGGGUGGUGGGGGGCUUCAUGAGCUCAGACUGCCGUGGCAGGGGGAAAGGAAAGCCUGGAUCAAUGCUAGAAGAGCAGAACGGCUUCGCUUUCUGCCAAUCGUCAGAGUGCUUCCGAUGUACCAGCGCCGGAGAGAGUCUGAACCAGAGGCUCUACCACAGCCUGCAGGAUUACGCCAAGCGCUACACCUGGUCAGGUAUGGGCAGGGUGCAUAAAGGAGUCCGUGAUCAAGGCCGAUACCUUAACAGCAGACCAACCAUCCAGCGGCCAGAGGUCUUCUUCCUCCCAGACCUACCGUCAGCCCCUUUCUUCUCCAGAGAAGUACAGAGACACGACGUGGAGCUACUGGAGCAGAGCUUCCCCGCCCUUCUGGCCGAGUUCGAGAGCAUCUACCACCAACCUCCAGCACGCAGCGGCUCCUCCCUGCCGCCGGGGUGGAAAGCCAACAACACUCCUCGCGGGCAGUGGUGGACCUACUACCUGGUAAACCAAGGCACCCCUCUGGUUCUCAAUGUCAGGAGGUGUCCACGGGCCUGGAGGGUGCUGGGCCAGCUGCGUACCUUCAUCGCCAACAACGUGUUCGGAAACGCCUGCUUCUCUGUGCUGACGCCUGGAGCUCUGAUCACUGAGCAUUACGGUCCGACAAAUGUCAGGCUGCGCUGCCACCUGGGUCUCAGAGUGCCCCCUUCCUGUGAGCUUGUAGUUGGUGGAGAGCCACAGUGCUGGUCUGAGGGCAGCUGUCUGCUUUUUGAUGACUCCUUCCUCCACCGGGCCUUCCACGAGGGCGGCGCAGAGGACGGCCCCAGGGUGGUCUUCAUGGUGGACCUCUGGCACCCCAAUGUGGCCGCUGCUGAGAGACAAGCCUUGGACUACAUUUUUACUCCAGGCCGCUUAGAGGACAAGGAAGGGAAAUAGGUGUGAGUGAGAAACCAUGUCUGACAGAGAGACAGACGGUGUUUAGGGAAGUGUCUGUAGGAUUGGGGAGCAACUCUUUUUCUGCUUUCAGACCAGCUCACACAUUCACUGUGUACAUAUUCUCCGUCUUAUACAGUAUCUCUCAUAACUCUUCUUAGCAGAUGACCAAACAUUGGGCCUCUUUUAUCAAUCAUGUUCGUGUUUCAGCCUGUAUUGUUGUGUAAAAGACAGCCACGCUUGAAAGUACCUACUUAAAUUCUCCAAAACUUAGUAGGAGCACGAUUGUUUAAGCAGCCAUUUCAUUUUUAUUAAUGCGUAUUGACACCAUGGCAGGGACAUUUCAGCUUUAUUUGUUGUUGUUUUAUUUUGAAUCUUUGCAUUAAAGAUGAAUGAAUGAG